CAACGAACCCGGAUAUGACCUCAUAACUACCGGAACCAAACUUUAGCUAUUAGCUGUAAUUGUAGCAAAACAGCUAAAUCAUCAUCCAAAAUAAAGGCUGUUGGAAAUACCUUGGCUUGUGUAUCACCGUUUCGACGUGAUAUGAAGCUGUAGGCAGAAUUUACAAACAGCGUUGAGGAAUGGUCUGACUGCAGCAGCACCAAUAAAGAUGCACAGCCGUCUGCAGGAGUUGAAGAAGGAAGAGGAGACUCUUCUCAAAAUCAAAGUCAUGCUACAAGAUCAGCUGAACAGGUUGAAGUUUGAAGAAGGUGCCUUGAAAUCUAUCAUUAAUGCUCAGGCAGAAGAAGGGGCCUCUCAGCGAUUAUCCCCAGAAACUGAGGUUCAUAUUAAGCUUGAUGAUGAAAGCAAGAUCAAUCAAACAAAACUGCUACUGAAUGCUGCUGUAGACUAUAAUAUGGAGGAGGAGGACGAGGAUGAAGAUGAAGAGGAUGAUGAGGAAGAUGACAAUGAGCUUGAGUUUGUGCCUGAAGAGGAAGAGGAGGAAGAUGAUUACUAAGUGUUUCAUGGGGCUUCAAACGUUUCCCCACUGAAGAAAAACUGUGUUAUGAGACAGCUGUGUAUUUGUUCACCUGUUUUGUACUUAUAAUGUUUAAUUUAUUUGAGUGGAUUAAGUAACAGUUACAGUGUAAUGAUGUGUGGUGCUAACAGUAUCCUCUCUGCCUCAUUUAAGGCACACCGUCAGGAUUUCAAACCAUAUUACAAAGGUUUUGUGAGAAAUGUCUCACUGAAAUGCAGUACGUCAAUGUUUUAAGGUGCUUAUAGCUUACUAGACAUUAAGCAGCAGUUCAUUUGAGAAUUAAAUGUUGAGAUGUUUCUGUUAGCAUGAAAAUGUGUGGCUGGACCAUAUAAGAAAAUGGUGUGUAUGCAUUAUGUAAGGAAUUGUAAUUGUAAGCACAAAAUAAAAUGUUUUGCAUAGGG